CUCCUUGUCUGAGUACUGGCAGGUUGUGCUUCCUUUUGCUGCUCCCAAGGACAUUUCGCAUCCCGGCUGUGAGCGCUGCUGUCAGGCUGGGUCACGCACCCAGGCUACAGUGCCUCUUAGAAGAACUCGUGGAUGUGAGUGAGCCUGAGUGAAGGAAACUGCUACCCUGUUCAGAAUGCAGAUUUAAAAUUGAUAAGGACCACCUCAAAUUCUGAUCUUUAAAAUGAUGACAUCUCUCUUGAGGCCCCAAAUCUUGACUCCACAUGAAGAUGACUUAGUCCUCAGAGUUGAUAUUCCUAGUGGGCAAGAUAUGAUCCGAGAAAAAUCAGAUGUUGAAGUUGCUCGCCAGAGUUUUAGGUGGUAUCAAUACCCAGAAGUGGCUGGGCCCCAAGAAGCCCUCAUCCAACUAUGGAAACUUUGUUGUAAAUGGCUUAGGCCAGAGAUUCAUACAAAGGAACAGAUUCUGGAGCUGCUUGUGCUAGAGCAAUUUCUAACCAUCCUGCCUGGGGAUAUCAGGAUUUGGGUGAAAUCCCAACAUCCCACAAAUAGCAAAGAGGUGGUGAGCCUGGUGGAGGACUUGACCCAAACAACUGAGGACAGAGCUAUUAAUUAUCAGGAUUCUAGAAUACUCCAGGAAGAGAAAAAAGAAGAAAGAAUGGUUCCUGAAUGCUUGACUUCUCGGUCCCAGGAAUCAGUGACAUUCAAAGAUGUGGCUGUGGACUUUACCCAGGAAGAAUGGGGGAAUCUGGAUUCAACUCAGAGGGAUCUAUAUUGGGCAGUGAUGCUGGAAAAUUACAGGAACUUGGUAUACCUGGGGUUUCCAGUUUCCAAACCAGAAGUUAUAUCCUGCAUGAAUGAAGGGGAAGAAUCAUGGAUAUUCAAGAAAGAAAUCUCAAAAGUUACUUUUCCAGAUUGGGAGACUAGGCCUGAAAGCAAAGAGUCAGUUACAGAACAGAACACUUCAAAUGAAGAACUGAUCCUGAGAAGACUUAUAAUGGAUGAUACUAAGAAUUGCCAAAGACAAGACUGGGAAUAUAAUGUCAAGUUGGGGAAGCAGCAGGGCAAUCAAGAGAAGUAUUCUGGGCAGAGAGUUGCCUGCACAAAAACUCCUGGUAUACUAAUAGACCAUAGUUUUAAUAAAUUUCAGGGAAGCUUCAGUCUAGGGUCAAUCUUUGCUGCCCAAGAAACAGAUUCUGUGAGAAGGAAGUUACAUCAAUAUGACACACAUCAAAUGAUACUCAAUGAGUAUUCUUCAGACAUUCUGCAACAACUGCCUUCAGGGAAGACACCUCAAAAUAAUGACUCUGAAGUCUUCUAUAAAACCUCUAACUUUAUCCAAUGUAAUAGCAUAGAGACUGGGGGUGAAACAUAUGAAUCUAAUGAAUGUAGGAAGGCCUUCAGCCAAAACACAUAUUUUACUCAACAUCAGAAAAACCACACUAGUGAGAAACUCUAUAAAUGUAAUAAAUGUGGCAAAGCCUUUGGCCGAAGUACUUUGCUUAUCCAACAUCAGAAUAUUCAUACUGGAGAGAAACACUAUAAGUGUAAUGAAUGUGGUAAGGCCUUUACACAGAGAACACACUUGGUUCAGCAUCAGCGAAUCCACACUGGAGAGAAACCAUAUGAAUGUAAUAACUGUGGAAAGACUUUUAGGUACAGAUCAAAUCUUACUCAGCAUCAGAGAAUCCAUACUGGAAAGAAACCCUAUAAAUGUAAUGAAUGUGGGAAAGCUUUCAGGGAGAGCUCAUCUCUUAUUCGUCAUCAGAUUAUCCAUACUGGAGAAAAAACAUAUGAAUGCAAUAAAUGUGGAAAAACCUUUAUCCACAGCUCAUCUCUUAGCCAACAUCAGAGGAUCCACACUGGAGAGAAACCCUUUGAAUGUAAUGAAUGUGGGAAAGCAUUCAGUAGUAGCUCAUCCUUUAUUAAACAUAAGAGAAUUCAUACUGGAGAGAAACGUUAUAAAUGUAGUGAAUGUGGGAAAGCUUUCAGCCAGAGCACACAUGCUAUUCAACAUCAAAAAAUCCAUGCCAGAAAGAAACCCUUUGAGUAUAAUGAAUUUGGAAUAGGUUUCAGUAACAUCUCAUCUUUCCUUAAAAAUCAGAGAAUUAAUACUGGAGAGAAACGAUAUAAAUGUAAUGAAUGUGGAAAAGCCUUUAGCCAGCGCACACAUGCUAUUCAGCAUCAAAGAAUACACACUGGAGAGAAACCCUUUGAGUGUAAUGAUUGUGGGAAAGCCUUCAGUAACAGCUCAUCCUUUGUUAAACAUCAGAGAAUUCAUACUGGAGAGAAACGAUAUAAGUGUAGUGAAUGUGGAAAAGCUUUUACCCAAAGUACACAUGCUAUUCGACAUCAAAGAAUCCACACUAGAAAUAAACCCUUUGAGUGCAAUGAAUGUGGCAAUGCCUUUAGUCAGAGAACUCAUCUUGUUCAGCAUCAGCGAAUCCACACUGGGGAGAGACCCUUUGAAUGUAAUGAAUGUGGAAAAACCUUUAGGCACCGCUCAUCUCUUACCCAGCAUCAGAGAAUCCAUACUGGAGAGAAACCCUAUGAAUGUAAUACAUGUAGGAAAGCCUUCAGAUCUAGAUCAUCACUUACUAAACAUCAAAGAAUCCAUAGUGAAGAGAUGCUAUAUGAAUGAGAUGCAUGUGAGAAAGCCUUCAAUAAAAUUUAUCCUUUGUGGCUAUGUAAGAAUCUAUAUCAAAAUACAAUCCUAUAUGUGUUAGCCUGUAAUGUUGGACAUAUUGUUUACUUACAACAUAUUUUUUUAAAAGAUAUUUCAUAAUCCAUGAUUUCCUCAGUGUGGAUACUCCUUUUACUCCCUCACAACUUUUUUUUUCAUUUUAAUAGAACUAUUCUCAGCUUUGUCAUGUUUUGAGGUCUGGCAGAGCAAGUUUCCACUGCAUCUAAGAGCUUUUUCCUCCACAAGUUAUCACAUACUUUUUUUGUCAUUUAAAAAAAUAUAUGUUGUUACUUUAUCUAGUCCUAGAAAAGACCCCUUUUUAUACAUAGAUAUUGUAUUAAAUUUGUAAAUUAAAUUUGUUUAUAAAUAAUUGAUUAAAAGGUGAAAUAUAAACAUUUUUACUCCAUAUUUAUACAACCCAACCAUGUACAAAGUAGUUCACUCCAACUAUUUAAUUCUUUUGUUUGUUUCUUAAUAAUUUUGUAUAAUUAUUUUUACAAAGCUUUAGUAAGAGUCUUAGUAAAUAAGUAACCACGUAUUUUUUGUCAUUAUUAUAGAUGGCAUUUCCUUAUUAUUAGUUCAGCAAUUUUAUUAGCACCAUAAAAGAACAUAAAUGACUUUGCCAGUUUUAUUAUAUAUUCUGCUACCUUAUUGAUCUCUUUGUCUCAAUUUUUGUUAAGUUCUUGGAUUUUCUUUUUAUACAAUAUUCCAUCUGCAUGGAAAUAUGUUUUGACCUCAUCAUUAUCAAUGCUAAUCCCUUUAUUAGUAUUGUAGUUAUUUCAAGCACUUUUGAAACAAUGUGAAAUAGAAGUGGUAAAAUUGGAGAUGUGUGUUUUUUAAUUGAUUUUACUGAGAAAACUUUUGAUGUUUCUCUCUUAUAUCUUAUAUUAGCUUUUGGUUUCAAAUAGAUGCUAUUUUAUCAUGUUAAUGAAAACCUUUUCACCCCUAUUCUUUGUAUCACAACUAGGGGUUGCACUUUGUCAGAAGCCUUUUUCUGUGUUGAUAUUAGCCAAAAACUUUGGGGAUGGAGUACCUAUAUGUAAACAGUGACAAGGCAUAAAUACUUAAAAGUAAAAACAAUCACAAAAAGGGAAAGUGCUCCUCAAAGUAGUAAUUGUCAAGCAACAGUUACCCACAUAAAAAUAGGAAUGUUAUUUUUUGUAGCUUCAAAGAAAGUAGAGGUUGAGAAGUAUGUGAAGGGGAAGGAAAGAUCAGCUGUUGAAUAUCCCUUCAUUGAAUACAGUGGAAAAGGAUGAUGUCCCUUUGUAGACCAGGGCAGUAAACAGGCAGUAAACAGUAAACAGGAUACCCCUCCCUUCCACUAUCACCUAGACUUAUUACCUACAUCAUAGGUUUCUUGAGAGAAACAAAUGAGCAUAUAUAUGUGAAAUACUUAGUAAGUGGUACAGUGUUAUGUAAAUAUGUAAGAUUUUAAAUAAAACCAUUGUCAAAACAUAAGUUGAGAUAAAAAUAUUCAGAAUCAUUAACAGUAGGUCUUUAUUUUUUUAUUAUUAUUUAAACCUUCUACUAAAGUCUCAUUUCUUAUGAAGGGAUCUGUUACUACAAAGAAUUUGAGAACCAUUGAUGUAGGUCAUCUUAAUGCCCAUUCCUAUCCUUCCCUAUACAAUCUUUGGGCUUGAAUUCUUUCAUAGUAACACUGCUAGAUAAGAAAGCCCUGCAACGGCUGAAGUGGUACAGCCUAUUAAGAGAUCUCUGUGACUUAAUUCUUCCUCCUCCACUCCAUAGUGACAGACUAAUAUAUCAUUCCCUCAUUCACUGUCCCUUCAAUCCUCUACACCCUCCCCCCAAUAUAUCAGCAUUCUCUUUUGUCUACAAGGAAGGAUUCUUAGGGAUAAUGAGUUCUUUCCUUCUUUUUAGAUCCAACUCUUCUCCAUCCUCUGGCAAUUUCAUAGCCAAAGUAAUUGCUUUCAUUUCUGGUGUCACUUCCAUCUAUGCUUCUUUUUUCUCCACCUGCUGCCCUAUUUAGUCCCUUUUCCCCUGCCAGUGUCUCAACUACUUCAUUUCUGGUGGGGCCUAAAUUGGAGAAGUCGGGUUUAUUAAUAAGGAAAACAAUUUGCUUUAUUUCUCCUCUCAUCCUCCUCAAACUUAUUCCUCUUCACAGCUAAGAAGCUGAGAAAAAAACUUGUAGACAUGAAUGGCUUUCAGUGUGGCCCAACA